CACUAACGCUCGGGGGAUGGAAGCGGCUGGUAGUCAGGAGAUCUGCCGACUUUUCAUGAAUGGCUCCUGCAGAUUUGGUUCCAGAUGUUUUUUUCGCCAUGAACUGCCAUUUCCAUCCUCAUCCCAGAUCUGUAGGUACUUCAUUAAAGGUCAAUGCUGGUUUGGUGAGCAGUGCAGGUAUCGCCACGUCCUUCAGCCUGAGGCUUACAGAGCGGCUGCAGACAGGAGGGGCUCGGUGCCCUCGGUCUCCUCCUCCAGCGUGCCUUUCUCUCCUGACAGGAGGGGGUCCGAGCCUUCUGUCCUGCAGUCUGAGGCUUCCAGGGAGAGUCGUGCCACUUCACAGACUACAGCUACCAUCAUCCGCCCUCUUCCUGACAGUGGUCCCCUGAUAGCAAAUACAAAUGAAGGACAAGCACAAGAAACUAACUUGGACUCUGUUCAGAGAUCAGAUGUUGCGCAACAAGGUGCAAGCCAAGGAACAAAUGAGGAACCCUCUUCAUCAGAUACAGUGGAGGACGGAGCUGCUGUUGCCGCUGCUUCCGGAUCAGCUGAGGACGCCGGAGCUGCUGCUGCGGCUCCUGCGUCGUCAGCUGCUCAAAGCAAAGCUGAGGUAGCACAGGCCUUCCUCCGGAGUAAAGAGGUGACCUGUGGGAUCUGCAUGGACAAGGUGUAUGAAAAGCCCGAUUCAAGAGACCAUGUCUUUGGAAUCCUGCCAAACUGCAGCCACUCGUAUUGCUUGAAGUGCAUCAGGACCUGGAGGAAAUCCAAAGACUUUGGUCCAGACCUGGUGAAGAACUGCCCCCAGUGCAGAGUGAGCUCUGCUUUCUAUGUGCCACAUAAAUACUGGGUGGAAGGACAAGAAAAGGAUCGUUUGAUCGCUGCAUUCAAACAAAAAUUCGGUAAGAGAAGGUGCCAUUUUUAUUCUCAACACGGUUACUGUCCUUUCAAAGCGGAAUGCCUUCAUCGACACGACAAGCCUCCGGCACACAGACUGACUCGGUAUACAGAAGAUGAAGACGACAGCGAGAGCGAAGACAUGGGCCUCUUCGGUUUUUUUAUCGCCAUGACUUUCCUCAGCCUCGAUGAAGAUGACGACGACUUUGAUUGGCCUUUUUUCAUUACUGAAGAUUAGUUUCUGAGCAUCGUUCCUUUUGUCUGUGCAAUAAUUCCAAGCCCCCCCCCCCAAAAAAAAAACCUGUGAAUUUACCCUCCCUUCCUCUUCAAAUCGAUAAACCUGUGUGAAGCCUUUGAGAUCAGAGUUAUGAGCCAUGCAUUGUCAAGUACAGACAGAUUUUUAAGUGGUUACUUGAAUUCGAUGCAGUAUUUGGCAACAUGCUUUUUCUGCGUUGAUGGUUAGACUCUGACGGACUAGAUGUUUAAUUUUUUUAUCUCUGAUCUUGUUGGUGUCCUUUCCUGCUGCCUGAAGUUUUUUUCCAUCCUCCCGCAUGCAGUUUUUCUGAUGUGUAGCAGACCCCCCCCCUCCACCCCAAUCCCCAAUUGAUGAAUUUAGACCUUUAUUCAAGCGGUUUGCACAAAUCUGAUGUUUUAGGAAAAAAAGAAAGCGUAAGUGGUUUUUAAUUGCCUGAGGGUUAAAAAAAAAAAAAAAAGUGAUAGCUGAGUCUU